GGACGUAGGAGCGCGGCGUCAAGCAAGGCCAUGUCUCCAAGGGGCGGAGGCGGUUCACGUGCACGCGGCAAGAAGCGUGAUGCACCUCAUGACGACGCUGGGGGAGCGGACAGAGGAGGGCGGCAAGUGACGAAGGCGAAAAAGGAUCGUCGAGAUGGCGCGCCAUUCAGCGGCGCCCGAACGGACGGGGAUGGGUGGGGAAGACCUAGCGGGACCGAUGAUAACGACGUCUUCUCGACAGGCGCUCCUGACGUUCAGCCGUCUCCACUGCCAUCAAACGUUCGCGCAAACGUUGGGGGGUCAUCUGCGCAGGUGACGACUCGCAACGAGCGCAUCAUCAACGUCAAAGUGAAUGAAGACGUGCGGGUGGACAAAGGCCAAGGCCGUGCAGUGCCCAAACGUAGCGCAAUGCAGCCGGUUACAAUGCCGACGACGCCACGUCAGCAGCGCACAGUUGUGGCCACAGGGGGAGCGACGCCCACACAGGCAGUCCCAUUGCUAGCAACGCCACGUCAGCAUCACGUAGGCGACAAUGUCAGAUCUGGUGUUGCGGUCGCCGCUGUGACGACGGUGGAACCGCCACAACCUCGCCACGCAGGUGGGACGUGGGAGUUGUGGCAGGAGCACCGCGGGGGGCGACGGGGGAAGGCCGCAGGGGGGAGGACGUGGCGAGCGCAACGCAGACUCUACAAUAUCAUCAACGAGACACGUGAGCACCUCGUCGCCGUCGCAAGCGGGCUUCCACUGCCGAACGUCCCGAGAAGCGUCGCCAUGCCCAGAUCCAACAUCGCGAAGAUCAGGAUCACGGAUGCAGGGCUGUUGCACAGAGCAUUGAGUCGCGCAUCGAAAGUCCAGAGUGUGGCCUUGCGGGUUUUGCAUGGCUGCGUCUUCAGAUCAGGCUCCAGAGAACGAGGAUACAAUGUUGCCUUCCAGUACGUACUGGAAUCUGUGGCGACCGACAUCGCGCGUGCGGUGUGGCAUGGUGAGGAGUGGAGUAAUGUCGUCAGCCCCGCUGUUUGCGUGCACAUGCUAGACAUGGGGAUGGACCUCUCGUUGUGGUUUGCUGGGGUGCAUAUCGAAGACAGGCUGGCAAACGACGAGAUGGCGGCGUACCAGGAGGCAACUAUGACGCGACUGAUCUCGACAUUCAGCACGGCGGUCGAAACGGCCCAAAACGUCGAUGGGGGACGCGUCGCACAUGAACGUCUGUCUCGUCUGGCUGAAAGCUUCAAGGAGUUGUUGGCGGCAUGCAUGUGGAUCAUGUGAAUGGCGGGAGAUGAUCUGCGCUCACACUUCGAAGCCUUUUACUUCGCCAACAUGCUCGCCAAGCCCUUGCU